AUCGAUCACCAUUGCCGAUCGAUACAUCUAGCUAGCUAUCAGCAAGAAGCCAAGCUAGCUAUAGUCAAGUGAAGUCGGAAUAGCUAGGUAGCUAGCAAGCAUGAGUGGCGUGUGGGUGUUUGAGGGCGGGAUGGUGAGGCGGGCGGACAGCGAGGCGCCGGGCGCGGGCGGGGCGGCGCGGCCGGGCAAGGUGCUGGUGCAUGUGCCGAGCGGCGAGGUGGUGACCUCGUACGAGGUUCUGGAGCGGCGGCUGCGGGAGCUGGGGUGGGAGCGCUACCUCAACGACCCCUGCCUCCUCCAGUUCCACCAGCGCUCCACCGUGCACCUCAUCUCCGUCCCGCGCGACUUCACCCGCCUCAAGCUCGUCCACAUGCACGACGUCGUCGUCAAGACCCGCAACGUCUUCCAGGUGCCUCUGAAGGAAGAAGGCGUCGUUGUCAGCAAUGAUAAGACUCACCUGACGCGUGGGUAGGAUAGCCCGCUAGAAACGUAUUUGAUGCUUGAACAUCUAGAUAUUAAAACUUGCAGAUAUCUCAUAUGAUGGCUACAGAAGAACCUUCUCCUUUUUAUCGGUUCCUAAAAAAUAUACACCCCACGUCUGUGGAGUGUGUUGUAGUUCUCCAGAGAAAUGGAAACAAUAAUUUUUAUGAGAGAGGAGACGAAGAGCUCGGUGAGCACGACCCAACAUCCUGAUUCCUGUGCCUUGACUUUGAAUGCACCAGCAAUCUCCGACCAAGAACAUUCCUCUGUCAUGGAGCCCGCCCGGGGCGUGGAUACGGAUGAGGAAGACGAGGUCAGCAGUGCGUUAGCAAAACGCAGACGGACAGAUCCUUAGGUGGAGAUCAUGCUGUAAUGGUAAGUAUUCUGGCGUUGAAAAGUCUUUGCAUGCACAAAGGUCUGUUCUAAUAAAUGACAUUAGUACUCCCUCCGUUUUUAUUU